CCGCCUACUUUUUCCUCCUCCUUCUCCGUCUUCUGAGUUAGUGUCCUGAAGACUGACAGCCCUACACACACCCACACACACAUAAUGGCCUUCUUCAAUCAGAUCUGCAGAAGUUUCUCCACCUCGUCCGUCAGGAAUGUUGUGAUAAAGCAUGUAACGAUCAUCGGAGGCGGACAGAUGGGUGCUGGAAUAGCGCAGGUUGCUGCGUCAACUGGCCACUCGGUGAUGCUGGUGGACACAUCCGAUGACAUCCUCAAAAAGUCUAUCAAAGGAAUUGAAGGGAGUCUGAAAAGGGUGGCCAAGAAGAAGUUUGCUGAUAAGCCAGAGGCCGGUCAGGAGUUCAUCCAGAAAGUCCUGAGUAAUGUGUCCACUUCUUCAGAUGCUAGAGCCUCAGUUCAGGGUGCAGAUCUUGUCUUGGAGGCCAUUGUGGAAAAUCUGAAAAUUAAACAGGGUAUCUUUGGAGCUCUUGACAAGGUAGCACCAGCUCACACUAUCUUUGCCAGCAAUACAUCCUCCCUACCCAUCACUGACAUUGCCAGCUCCACCAGCAGACUGGACAGAUUUGGUGGUCUUCACUUUUUCAACCCAGUUCCUAUGAUGAAACUAGUAGAGGUCAUUGGAACCUCGGCAACAAGCCAAGAAACGUUUGAUUCCCUCAUGAACUUCAGUAAAGCUCUUGGAAAAACCCCAGUGUCUUGCAAGGAUACACCUGGGUUCAUCGUGAACCGUCUGCUUGUUCCUUAUAUGAUGGAGGCCAUUCGACUGCAUGAGAGAGGCCACGGCUCCAAAGAAGACAUUGAUAUUGCCAUGAAACUUGGAGCCGGGUAUCCCAUGGGACCCUUUGAGCUCCUGGACUAUGUCGGACUGGACACGGCAAAGUUCAUUAUGGAUGGUUGGAGCGCAAUGGACUCUGGAAACCCACUUUUUGCCCAAAGUGAACUGCUGAACAAGUUGGUUGCUGAGGGUAAAUUUGGUAAAAAGACAGGAGAGGGAUUCUACAAGUACAAGUAAAUUCUAUUUGUAGCGUUGCUCGCUUUGUGUGGACAGACACCUCUCUGUGAAAGUAGUCAAAAUGCAAGAAAAUAAGCCAUUCAGCGACUAAAAAGAUAAAGGAGAAAAUGAUCAUAGGCAGCUGUGCAUGCUACUGGUCAGAUAUUAGCCUACGUGCCUUCUGCGUUAAUGAAGAACCUUUGCCUGUCUGUCCAUUUUCUUGUAGAUGACUACCGAAUGAACUCUUUAUAUAUAUCAAGGGAAUGUCUGAUUAAAUAGAAUUUUUUAAUACUUGA